UCCCUGCGGUGACCUUUGACCGCCUUCCCGGGUCAGAUGCAUGACUUGGCGGCGAGUAGGUCGAACUUUUACUUUGAAGGUACGAAGCGGACCCCAGAGGAAAGGAAAACAACAGAGACGCUGUGACCAACAUGUCCGCCGGGUCGAUGCGUCUGAACCACAACACGAGUGCAGCCUGGCUGAGGUUCCUCCUCCGGGGUCAGCCCACCUGUAGACCCGCCCUGCAGGUCAGAGGGGUCAGCGCCGUCCAGCCAGGGACCUCUGCCCCCGACGAGGCCGCCGCCCGGGACCCCCACUCCCCCCCGCUGUUCUCCAGAUCCAGGACCGGUCGGUUCUUCCAGGCCCAGCCUCAGCUGAAGAACCCCUUUCUAGAAGACCCUCUGUUAGGGAGGUACCUCAGGAGACACCUGCCCCCCCAGCAGGCCGUGUUCUCAGACCUGCAGGCGUUUGGGGAGAGGAUCUCAGGUGAGGUGGACGCCUGGGGGCGAGAGUGUGAGGUCAACCCCCCCAGGCUCGUCCCCUUUGACCCUUGGGGUAGAAGGGUGGACCACAUCGUGACCUCGCCCGCCUGGCAGCGCAUGAAAGAGCUGUCUGCCAGGGAGGGGCUGGUUGCCAUCGGCUACGAGAGGUCGUGUGGUGAAUGGAGUCGCGUCCACCAGGUGAGUAAGCUGUUCCUCUACUCCCCGUCGUCCGGUCUGUUCACCUGUCCUCUGGCCAUGACCGACGGAGCGGCCAAGGUCAUCCAGUCUCUCGGGGUGCCGCCGGCCGUUGACUCCGCCUACAGGAGGUUGACCUCUCGCGACCCCGAGCGGUUCUGGACGUCUGGCCAGUGGAUGACCGAGCGGAGGGGCGGAUCGGACGUGGCCGCUGGCACGGAGACGCUGGCCGAGCCCCAGCCGGACGGGUCCUACCGGCUCCACGGCUUCAAGUGGUUCACCUCCGCCACGGACGCCGACAUGACCCUCCCCCUGGGCCGGGUGGUGGGCCGCCAUGGAUCCACCCCCCCGGGCAGCCGGGGUCUGUCCCUGUUCUACGCUGAGGUCCGCCGGGACCCCGAGGGCCGGCUGGAGGGCAUCGAGGUCCAGCGGCUGAAGGACAAACUGGGGACCCGCCAGAUGCCCACCGGAGCUGCUGCUGGACGGCCUGCCAGCGCACCGGACAAGGGCAUGCAGGUGGAGGUGCGGGUGAACAUGGAGUGGUUCACGGGGAAGGUGGUGGCAGUGGAGGUGAACAAGAAGAGCGUCUGCUGGAAGGUCAAGUUCGACUACGUCCCGAGAUCCACGCCCAAAGACCGCUGGGUGUUUAAGGGGGGGGAGGACGUGCGGUUAAUGCGGCCGGCGUCGCCCGUCUCCCAGACUCCCGACACCCAGCAGGAGGCGGAGAAGGGCCCCGCCCGCAUGGAGCCCGACACCACCCAGCCGGGGACCAGCCGCGAGGUCACCGGCAGCAUGGUCUCCAUGAUGAGGACGAUGUUGCGUUACUUCUUCCCUCCUGAUUUCCGGAUCCCUAAGGACGAUGUGAACGGUAUGACGGCGGAGGAGCUGGUGGCGUUCCCUCUGAAGGAGUAUUUCCAGCAGUACGAGCUGGGCCUGCAGUCGCUGUGUAACUCGUACCAGAGCCGGGCGGACGCCAAAGCCAAGGCCGUGGAGGAGAAGAGCAGCAACGCCGAGACCAAACUCAAGGAGGCAGACGAGAAGCUGCAGAAGCUGAGGGCCAACAUCGUCUCUCUGCUGCAGAAAGUGCAAGAGGACAUCGACAUCAACACAGACGAUGAGCUGGACGCCUACAUAGAGGACCUGCUCAACAGGGGAGACUGAGGCCGACGCCCCCUAAAGACUCUAGCUUUGGUUCUCCUGGGGGCCCUCAGCCCCCCAGAGAGGGGCCCUCAGCC